GCUGAAGGGCGGGGGAUGACGUUCCACGUUUUGCGAACCUUUCUUUGGUGACCUGCCUCCUCCUCCCAUCUGGUAUUUGUCCUGCAGAGCUGCUGGGUACAAGCCAUGACACACACGUGCUCAGCGGGGAAUUUGCGCAUAGGCUGCCUUGUAAAAAGAGGCUGGCGUUCCUAAAACUCAGGUCUACCAGAACCCAGCUUUCAAAAAUACAUUCCUACAGAAUUCAUUUUAUCAGUACUCAUGAGGUGUCCACGAUGUGCCAUGUUCUCGGUGCUGGGGACACAGCAGUGAGCCGGUGCCCUCCUGGAGCUCACAUUCCAGCUAGGAGACAGCAAUUAGACAAUUAGGACUGAGUGAUUUUUGUAAAGGAAGAGAAAAAAGAUAAAUUAGAGCAGAGUAAAGGGACUGGGAAGCGCGGGGCGGGAGACGCCCCAGGCUUGCCGGGCAGGCCUCGCUGAUGUUUGAAUUGGGCAGGGGGCGGUCCAGGCGGAGGGCACGGACUCUGAAAGGGAGAGAAGUGGUGUUUCUCGGGCACACAAGAUCGGGACACUCUUCCUGUAGUAGCUCGCUGUCUGGCCACCGUCUUCUCCCGCCAACCAGGCCUCCCGGAGGCGGCCGGCCCGGGAGCAUAGCCGGAACCCCAGCUUGCCGCCUCCCCUCGGCGGGCCCUAGAAACUGCGCGGAACCAAAGCUUGAGGGCCACUGGAGUUUGCGGACCGCUGGGAGAAAGCGCCCGCCGGAAACAGUCGCAAGACCCAAGCAUGGCGGCCACCGGGUGCCUGCGCUGGAGCCUGAACCGAGCCGGAGUCUGGCUGCUCCCACCGCCCACACGGUGCCCACGCCGGGCGCUGCACAAGCAGAAAGAUGGCACUGAGUUCAAAAGCAUCUACAGCCUGGACAAGCUCUACCCCGAAUCUCAGGGCUCGGACACCGCUUGGAGGGUCCCGGAUGGUGCAAAGCAAGCCGACAGUGACAUCCCUCUAAAUCGCUUGACAAUAUCUUAUUGUCGGAGUAGUGGUCCUGGGGGGCAGAAUGUGAACAAAGUGAAUUCCAAGGCGGAAGUCAGGUUCCAUUUGGCAACUGCCGACUGGAUCGCAGAGCCUGUGCGGCAGAAGAUAGCCAUCAUGCAUAAAAACAAGAUCAACAGGUUAGGAGAGUUGAUCCUCACCUCUGAGAGCAGCCGCUAUCAGUUCCGGAAUCUGGCAGACUGCCUGCAGAAAAUUCGAGACAUGAUCGCUGAGGCCAGCGAGACACCCAAGGAGCCAACAAAAGAAGAUGUUAAACUUCAGAGAAUCAGGAUAGAAAACAUGAAUCGGGAAAGGCUGAGACAAAAGAGAAUUCAUUCUGCUGUAAAGACAAGCAGGAGAGUUGACAUGGACUGAAAUCACCCUCUGCAGCUGGGAGGGCUCGUCUGGGUGUCAGGGCAGCUGCAGCUGAGAGGCCUUUCACACCAUAAGGAGAUUUCCUUUUUUCUUUUUGGCUGUUAAUGCUUGUCUAUAACAUUGGAGCCAUCACAAGAACGUUCAUUUGGAAUGAAGGUUACAGGCACUGGUUGCAAAAGUCUUUAUAGGCAGUCACCAUAUUGUCAAACCUUAAUAAUGCAUCUAAUGUGUUAGCCACAAUAAAAUUCAAAACUCA